AUUUGUGCACCCUCCCCCAAACAACCCGCCUUCAGCCACAGCCCAAAACCAAAAGGAGUAUUCAUGACCCAAAUUGAAGACCCUCUUCCCCCACCCGCCCCUGUUCAUCAGCCAGUCGCGAGACCGAAAGUGAGGGCCAAUCAAGUUCCGAGUUACCCCAAGAGUCCGGAACCUCCGACUAUGAAGUUCGAACAUGAAUGGUUCACGUGGGAGUUUGAGCAAUGGAAAUGGGACAAAGGGAGUGAAUUAAGACUGGUGAGUCAUUCUUCCCUCCUCUCUCUCCGACUCAAGGGCGACGGGACAGUAGACUGCAGGGGAGGGGCAAAGGAACCACCCAGUGUUCUGGUGGUUAAACUCAAACUGAAAGACAAUGUUCGAAUGUUCCGAGGUGAUACACAUUUCAACUUCAACCUCGCUUUCGACCACAAACAGACAGCAGACAACAACAACAGCAGUGAAAUAAACAAACAGGACAACAAAAUAGCCUUCGGAGACCUCAGAAGUGGAUCGCAAUGUGAAUUCCGAGUUCUACAACAGAAUGACAGAUCUAUUGUGUUAGAAUCAGUCAAAUAUCCUGGACGAUAUUUGUCAUUCAACCCUGACGGAUCUCAAGUGGGGGAGGAUGUUAAGGGAGGGGCAAAGCAGGGGAGGGGUCAGAAUAGAGGGAAACACGUGACGGGUGGAGGAGGCGUGGAAAAGAGUUCUUAUUUGUUCAACGCUGUCUGCAAGGGCGUAUUCCGAGACCAGGGCAUCCUCAUUAUCCAAUGCAGUCCACCCGAGAAAACACUCUGCAUCGACGAUUUAGGACAACUUAACGGAAGCGGAUCACGUGACAUGACGUCAUACUUCCGAAUACGGAAGGUGGGGGAGGGGGGAGUGCGGAUGUUCCAGAGUGUGACCAGACCGAAUUGCUACAUCCAAAUCAAAGACGGAAAAUGCAAUGGAAUGGGUCGAGGUGAUUUCCACUGUCAUUUCGCAGUUGAACGAGACACAUUCACAGGUGCAUUUAGACUGCGAUCUCACGACAAAUACGACGGGGUUUAUCUAGGAGUGAAUUCGACGGGAAAUUGUGUCACAUUAUCUGGCCCUGAAGCGCAGUCAUUCGCAUUCUUCCCAGAAGUUAUCCAGUUUGGAAAGCCCAAAAGAGUUCGAGUGAAUCGACGCAACUCAAUAGCUCCCAAUGACAGCCAAGCUCUAGUCCCCCUCAAGCUGGAAACUUGGGACAUCCAGUUGGAAACAGGAGACUCCCCGUGUGAAGAACAAACUACAGUCACUCUGUGGAUAUACGGAGACAGGGGGGUCGAAAGGGUUCAUUUGGGGGAGGAGAAUUGGGUCGCAAGAGGGGGGAGGCUGUUUCAGUCACAUGCCAAAGAUGAUUUCCAGAUCAGUAUUCCGGAGGUGGGCAAGAUCUUCAAAGUGCGUCUGGAACAUGAUGACAUGUCUGUCCAGCCAACUAACUGGCACGUCAAGCAGUUGAAGAUGCACAACGUGGAUAGUGAAGAGUUUCUCAAGUUCAAGUUCGACCGCCUCUUGUCUCGCCAGCUGGAUGAUGGGGCAACUGCGAGAGAACUUCCGGCCAUCAGACCUGGAGAUUACCUGCUGCCAGUUGUGAAUUACGUAAUCGAGGUGCAAACUGGAGAUGUUCCUGGUGCAGACACUGAGUCCAAUGUGUACCUGCAAUUGAUUGGCACUUGGAGUGACAGUGGAAAGAGACAGCUGCACAGAUCCAAUCAGGAUUCCCCCUUUGAAGCAGCACAGCUGGACGUGUUCCGUCUGGAAGCAGUGCACCUGGGCCCCCUGAGGAGUGUGAUUGUGGGCCACGAUGGACUGGCGAGGGGGGCUGGGUGGUAUCUGAAACAGGUCACAGUCAGGGAGAAGGAGGAGGACAUGGAUGACAAAGCAUGGAUAUUCCACUGCAACAGGUGGCUGGACAGUUCUAUGGAUGACAAGAAGAUAGAACUGGAAUUGUUCCCCUCCCCCAAGAGUGAACCCCUUCUGGUCCAGGAGAUAUCAGAUGUAUCCAGGGAGGCAUCCGCAUUUGCCAGAGGAGACAAGGCCAACGCCGAAACAACUGCUGCCUGGACGGUUGAGACGAUCUCAUUGGAUGAUUCAACCACCAAUCACAGCCCAGUUCCUCCUAUCAAAUUGAUCAUCUAUUAUCACAUUGAGGACAAAACCAUCGGAACAUUCGAAUCUAAAGAGUACCUUUUAAAGAAAGAAGGGACCGUUCUGAAACCGGGUACAAAAGAUGUGUUUCCGUUGCCCGACUAUCAAGACCUCGGCGACCCUUUCAAAGUCCGAAUCGAACUCGAUCAGGAACCCCUGUCAUUGACCUCCUCGGAACCCGAACAACAUCAAGAACAACCCGAAUAUUCCGACAACACUGCAGCCUUCAAGUGGCACCUCGAUUCUCUAACUCUCUUGAACCGAGACUCAAACAGGAAGUACUGUUUCGUAUUCGAUAAGUGGAUUGGGGGAGGGGUUGAUUUCGGGGUUAAUGAGGGGGGAGUCGCAGAGACGGAUGUAACAGAAGAUGCAAACGAGGAGGUGGGGGACUUGGAGACGGUGCGAGAGGCAGCUUUGACCGAUGAGAGAAAUGAAGAUACGUUUCCAGUGCUGCAGUACGUGGUCUCAGUGCAGAUAGGCAACAGGUGGGCGGCCGAGACUGAUUCGAGAGUAUGGAUUAGUGUGUGGGGGGACAAUGGGGACACUGGGAAGAGAUGUUUAGAGAGAAGUGUGAACGGAAACAAGGAGAAGUUCCGAAGGAAUCAGACGGAUGUGUUCUACAUAGAAGCAGUUUCUCUGGGCCGUCUGAAUCAGGUGAUCAUGGGCCAUGAUGGAGAGGGGUAUGGGAGCGGGUUCUACCUGGAUAGGGUCCUAAUUAGGGAGGGGGAGUUCAAUCCCUCCGAGUAUGUGUUCAUGUGCUACGAGUGGUUCGACGAUCACUUCGGAAGUUGUCUCAAGGAGCGUACCAUUCUCUGCAAUGGAGAGAGAUAUCUGUACUCAGAAGAGAGCGAACUCAUGGAUAUUCCAAUAUCCAGGGCAGCAUCUGUGAGACCAACCUCAUACCAGAAGAUGACCCCCUCGCCAGCAACUAGUGGGCACAACAAGGGAAGCAAGAUAAACAACACAUCUUCAGAAGGAGUUUGGCGUGUGAGUGUGACUACCAGCUACCAGACUGAAACCCCCUGCAGCUCCAAAGUGUACUUGAUUGUGGUGGGGGAGGGGGAGGAUGGGGGAGUGAGCGACACAGUACUGUUGGGCACAUCAGGGGUGGAUAGAAGUGGGGGGUUCUUUGAGGCAGGGGUCACCAAUGACUUCAUGAUCUUCGUUGGGAACAUCGGCCAAGUGAGCAAACUGCGUCUGUUCCACGACAACUCAGGAGACAGUCCCCAUUGGCACAUAGACCACUUACUCAUGGAGGAUGCACACACCAAGGAACAGUUGAGAGUGUCAAUUAACAGAUGGUUGAGUAAGGAGAAAGAGGACGGGGAGAUAUUCCGGGAAGUUCCUGUGUUAGCAAUUGGAAGGGAGCCACUACCAGUAAUUGUGUACUACAUUAAAACACACACAGAGCGCAGUGGUGCAUUCGCUGGGCGUCCCUUCAUCACUGUGUGGGGGGAGUUCGGAGACACGGGGGAGAGAUUCCUGGUGAAGUCCAUCUCAAGGACCAAAAAGUUCAAACCGGGAGGGUUCGACACUUUUCUUGUUGAAGCGGUGUGGGUGGGGCGUCCCCAAAGAGUCACAAUUGGACAUGACUCAACUCGCAAACUAGCUGGAUGGCUCCUUAAACAGGUUGUGUUGAGAGAAGGCGAGUGGGGAGUUGUCGAUUAUGAGUUCAGGUGUGACCAAUGGCUGGAUGCAGGGGUGGGCGACGGACUCAUUAAGAGGACACUAGAUUUGACAGGCGAAAAACGAGUCGAACACUUCAAAGUCGAAAAAGAAACCACUGCCGAUCAAACCCAUCAACAACAAUCUCAACCCGACCCAAACCAACAAACCCACACAUGGGACCUCUGGGUCACCACUGGUCCACAGGAGGAAGACUCAACUAUGGCCAGCAUAACUAUGUCCUUCUAUGGCCCACGGGGAGUUGAGGCGGUUGAGAAUUAUCCUCUUCAAUCGAGUAAUAAUGAAAUGUUGUUUCGACCGGGACAAACGGAUCAUUUCGAGAUCCAAACUCCAAUUUGGUCUGAAUUGAAGAAGGUUAAGAUUACUAGUGACAAUAAAGGGGAGUCGGAGGGGGAGGAUCGAUCCUGGUUCAUUGAGAGGCUGAAGAUGAAAAAUAGAGACACCAAAGAUGAGAUUCAGUUCGAGACGAGAAGGUGGAUAUCGGAUAAAAAGGAGCACAACAGUGACUUGAGCGUGGAGUUCCCAGCCAUCUAUCCUGACAGACCUGCUUAUCCAUUGGUUGUGUACACAAUUCAUACUUACACUGGCAACAGAGGAGCUGCUCAGACUCUGGGGGAUGUCUGGAUAGUGCUUCGAGGAACAGAAGGGGAGUGUGGACCAAGGACGCUUCGUAGACCCCUGGAUAGUGAGAAUCCAUUUGUGCCAGGACAAACAGACACUUUCCAGUUCGUGGCUGUCUCUUGUGGCCAGUUGGAAGUAGUCACAGUUGGACAUAAUGCACAAGGAUAUGGGGCCGGAUGGUAUUUGGACAAAGUUGUGAUAGAGCAAGACGACUCCCCCUACGAGUUUCUGUUCUCCUGCUACAGAUGGCUAGACAGUGGAGUUGAAUCUGGCGAGAUUGCAGUCGACCUCGCGCUAAGCAGUCGCGAUGAACCCCCUGAAAUGGACCCAUUCACUGCUCCCAGUCGAAAGACGACCAGCCAGCAGAAAGGAUCUUCGAAGAAACGCCAAUUCCCUGAACAAUGGACCUUAUCUGUGACAACCGGAAAUGGUCCCCGAGAUGGGACCCAAGCCAAUGUGUUUCUGCAGGUGGUGGGGGAGGGGGGAAAACAGAGUCAGGAGAUGAUGAUCGGAGGGGGAGUGGGGGAUCCAUUUUUCCCGGAAUCAACCAAAGAAGCCGAGGUCUUCACUAGUGGUGUUGGUAAGCCAACAAAACUGAGACUGCGUCACAAUAACAAAGGAGAAAAUCCAGACUGGCACUUCAAUAAGGUGGUGUUAUAUGACCCAGUGAGUAAUGACCAGUUCUGUGCAUACAUUGAUGGCCAUAUAUCUAUGGACCUGAACUGUGGGGAUCUGGUGAAAGAAGUGGCCAUCAACUGGCCAGGAGACAAGGCCACACAAAUCAUAACUUACCAAGUGACAGUUGUGACUGGGCACGAAAUAGGAGGCAGCACUGCAGCUGAUGUCUUCAUUGAACUGUUCGGCCGAUCGGGAUCGUCGGGCAAGAGAUACUUGAGGAGAAGUGUGAACAAGCGUGAACAGACUGAUGAUGGUGAUGAUGGAAUCGAACAGAAAGUGAUGUUUUCCAUGGGCAGUGAGGACUCGUUCGAACUGGAGGCCGUCUAUCUUGGCCCCCUUUCCUCCAUCCGACUGGGGCACGUGGGCAAGGGACUCCCAGCCUCCUGGUUCGUGGACCACGUGCGAAUCAAAGAACAUCCGCAAGGUCGCCAGCAAUACAUGUUCCCGUGUAUGAGCUGGCUCGACUCUGAUAUCGGAGACCAGAAAACGGAGAGGGAGUUCAAAGUGGAUCCAACAAGUGUACCGGAAGACAUCUCUGGACCCGGCGAUUACAAAGUGACUCUUUCGACUGGCAAAGACAAAGAGGCGGGCACUGAAUCUCUGAUCACGCUGAGCAUGUGUGGUUCCGUCAAUACAGUCUCAACGGAUCUGCCUCAAGUUAGGAAUGGGUUCCAGCCGGGAUCAGUCGACACAUUUCCGUGUUCGUUUGGUGAUAUUGGAGAUCUACAGAAGAUACGAGUAGAAAGCGAUAAUUACGGACACAAUCCAUCAUGGCUACUUGAGAAGCUUUCGAUUGAGAGUUUGUUCACUGAUUGGAGUGAAGUAUUCGAAGUGAACAAAUGGCUAUCGGCUGAAUGGGACGGAGGCCAUCUGGUCAGGGAACUCCCAAUCAAACACACAGGCCUUGAAGUGAGAAUGUACCAGAUUGUGGUGGACACUUUAGAACGAGGAGUUCAAGUCGCAACAAAUGACAAAAAAGCAGCAAAGAAGCAGCAGCCCAGAAAACCAACAACCCAAACUCCGUUCAGAGCAUAUGUGAACUUGUAUGGAUCUAAUGGACAUAGUGGCAAACGGGUUCUGAGAAAAAUGGCGGACAAGACACCGGAAGCCAAUUUCAGAAGCGGAAAGGCGACUUGUUUUAAUAUUGAAGCGGUGGAUCUCGGCGAUAUAAAUUCACUUCUUGUCGGAUUUUACGGAGACGACAACACCAAAUGGACAGUCGGGAAAGUAUACGUCAAAUUAGACGACCAAAUUGAAGUGUUCGUUUGUGGUCGUGCACUCGGAAAAUCCGAACCGGAUAAACGAACUGAAGUCGUGAUUUACCGAGACGAUGAUGCGUCUGUUGAUGUUGCCGAGUCGGUUUUCGAACCACUCCCGACAACUAAAACGGCAAAAAGUGUUUCCGAGAAACCGAAUGAUUCAAAUACGACAAAAGCUGAACCACCUAAGAAUAAAAAACCGAUAGCGAAAAACGUGAAAAACCCAAAAGAACAGGCGGCGAAAAGUAUCAAAGCUGAACCAGUGAAACCGACUCCUAAAAAGGCAGCAGUUACGGCGAAUAUUAAUGGGAAGGGUCGAGCUAAGCCGAAAGCAAAAGAAGCUCAGAAUGCCAUGUUACAAAGUAUGGACCCAAACUCAAACAAGAAACCAGACUCAAAGUCAGAUCAAGGUCCAGCAACAACCGACGAAAAAGAAACAAGCAACGACGAUGACGUCACGAAAAAGGAUGCGGAAAAAGAAGAAGAAGAAGCAGAAGAAAAGGCGACGGAGCCUCGCGGUAGUGACACAGUGCCACCGGAACAACAGCCAGAAACAGAACAAAAUGAUGACCAGAAGGAAAACGACCCAGAUAAUGAUAAUAAAGAACCAAAAGAUGAAAAUGAGAAAAAAGAUGAAGCAAAUAAACCACCGGAAAUUGAGCCGAAAGAAGAUGAGCCGAAGGAAAAUGAUCCGACUGAUGAAAGUUUGAAUGAUGAAUCGGCAGAUCGAGACACCAGUCCAUUUGGUGUUUUGGAACCCAAAAAUGAACCAUAUGGUCUUCCUCAAUAAAAAUUAAAAUAAAAAAACUAACUUUCACCCAGAAAGAGAAAACGAAAAAGUUUGAGUUUGCAGUAUUUGUUAGAAAAUUGUACAUUGUAAAUAUAUUUAUUUGGCGUGUGAUUGAAGUGUUCAAAAGAGAUACAAAAAGUAAACAAUCAUGUAUCAAAGUUAUUUGAAUGAGUCGAACGAAUUGUAAAACUUGAUAUUUUUCAACUCGUUUGGACAAUUUUUGUUCUUUUAGUUAUGAAAAUGUAAAAAAAAUCCUAACCAUGCAAGGGCAUCGGUCACCGU